AUGUUGACCCCAACAGGCCAUAUAAUCAUAAAAGCUUAUAACCAGGAUCAAACUAUUAUAGCAACCGCCAUCCCGACGAUCACCUCUCAUUUCCAGAGUGUGGACGAUAUUGGAUGUUCCCAACUGCUUUUCGGAAAGCUUUACACUCUGUUACCCAUAAAAUGGACGUUCUUUGGCGCCGUUCUAAUAUUCCAAAUCGGCUUGGCGAUCUGUGGUGCCAGCCCUAAUUCGCUUGCCCUCAUCAUUGGGCGAGCUGUGGCCGGUGUUGGAGGCGCAGGCAUCUUUUCCGGUGCAUUGAUUGUUAUCACAAAUCAGUACCCCUCUCAAAGCGACCAGCCUUCACAGGUCUCACGUCUCUUGGCGCUGGUGUUUGAUAUUGAUAUCCCCGUCGUCGCUGCGGCUAUCCCGCUCAUUAUCCUUUUCCUCCCCUCGCAGAAGCCUCGAAUCAGAUUCAAACAAAAUAUCUGGGGUACAGUGGCCCAAUGUGAUCUCGUUGGGACGAUACUCUUCGUACCAAGCAUUAUCUGUCUUCUGAUGGCACUUCAAUGGGGAGGAAGCCAGUACCGUUGGAGUGACGGUCGCACUAUUGAUUUUUUGACUGCAUUCAGUGUACUUCUUGUUGCUUGGAUCAUGGUUCAAUGGCGUAGCGGCGACAAUGCCACAGUACCGCUUCGCAUUCUGCGGCAACGCUCCAUUACGUUUUCGACACUUUACAUCUUCCUUGGAAGUGGAUCAUUCGUUCUGCUGAUAUACUAUUUGCCAAUUUGGUUUCAGGAAAUAAAAUUUGACACAGCAGAUCAGUCGGGCAUUCAUAGCCAACCAAUUGUUUUAAGCGUCGUUGUCUUUGCCAUUGCUAGCGGACUAAGCGGAACUGUUGUUGGAUACUACACCCCGUUCAUGAUAGCAGGAUCGAUGGGCAUGGCGAUUGGUGCAGGACUAUUUCUGCUAUCUAGAACAAAUACCUCCCUUGCGAUGUGGCUGGGUUUUCAAGUCGUAUUUGGCGCAGGGGUUGGGAAGGGACUCGAGCUCCCAAGUAUUGCUGUCCAGACGGCUCUCCCCGAGAAGGACGUCUCCAUCGGCACAUGUUUAGUGGUAUUCACUCGCUCCCUCGGGGGCGCUAUUUUGUAUCGACAGGACAAAAUCUUUUCAGGAACCGGGUCGUCUCUGGUGUCUUUGCCCGGAUCCCAGAGCUGGAUCCAUAUAUCAUCCUACAGACCGGAGUAG